AUGUCUUCAGUUCACAUGCAACAUGUUGCAUUAGGUGUAAUGGAAUUGACUGUUUUGGCAGUCAAAAGUAUCCGAAAUUUGAAUGGGCAUAGCAUUGGAGGCUAUCAAAUCCAUGCUGGAAAAUCAGUUCCAAUAGUGAAAGGAGGAGAACAAAGAAAGAUGGAAGAGGGUGAAUUUUAUGCAAUUGAAACCUUUGGAUCUACUGGGAAGGGGUACGUCAGAGAAGAUCUAGAAUGCAGCCACUACAUGAAGAAUUUUGAUGUUGGUCACAUUCCAUUGAGGUUGCCCAGAGCAAAAAAACUGCUUGCGACAAUCAACAAGAACUUCUCCACGCUGGCCUUUUGUAAGCGUUAUCUAGAUCGCCUUGGGGAGACCAAGUAUUUAAUGGCACUGAAGAAUUUGUGUGAUGUUGGUAUUGUUCAGGCUCCUAUUGCUAUCAAUUGA